AUGUCCAUCAAGAUCGUCAUCCACAAGGUCUCCGGCAAGGAGCUGUUGGUCCCCUGUAUUCUCGCUAUCAAGGAUAUCAGUCGCCCCUUUCCACAGUCAAAGAAUCUCUCCGUGUCCCCUCCGAGAUCUGACACCGAUAAAGCUUCUUCUCAUGACUUUCUUCCAGUCAAAGUACUGUUUCUGGGUGCGCGAAUCAUCAGUCGCGGUAUUGGGUUCAGAUCCGCUAGCUCUUGUCAGGUCGUAAGAGAAUUUGCAAGUCGAGUCAUAGGUACAAUUGCCACACUGAAAUUGCCUGCAGAUAUUGUCGCUUUGAGUACGGGUUUCGAAGUUAUUCGGCCGGCCUGGCUUGCUGGUAUGGCCUUGGCCUUAGAGUCGCCGAUUUUCACGGCCAGCCAUAAUCAUGAAGGGGAUUGCUCGUAG